AUGCGCACCGAAUACAAUAGCAACUUUAUCGAGUAUGACUGGUCACGACUUGCCAACGCUCGCCUGUCGACUCCUUCAAAGGACCCGUCCGGGAGCGCGCACAGUGCCUCUGAGAGGCGGCGCAGGCAACAGGCACCUCGAAGCACAGACAAUACUGCGAACCACCUGCACUCCCGUUUGAAGGCAGAUGGGAUUGCCACGAUCUGCCCUCCAUGGUUACUUGAUUCGAAUCAUGUCAACUGUCAGGGCUGCUGCUGCUGCUGCUGCUGCUUCUGCCCCUCCUACUAUUACCUAGUACUACUAUUUUGCGUGAUACCGUUGCUCCUACUACUACUACUACUACUACUACUACUACUACUACUACUACUACUACUACUACUACUACUACUACUAUUUUCAAUUGAACGCUGUGCGAGCGGGCUCUGCACAUAG